CUUUUUUGGCUCGAUCAUCAGGUACAAGGUACAAAUUGCACAAAUCAACCUUGCCCUGGUUAUACGGCAUCUUAAAGCAGCUUGGCGAAGUCCGUCUUACGACCUUCAAGCUUACCCUAUUGUGUUCUGCAUUAUCCAGUUAGAUGGCCUUACCAAGACCAUGUGCAAUAGCCGACGAGGAAUCUUGGUAGAAAUGGGAAGGUGAAGAUGUUCUUCAGGGUCCAUCUUUGCAAGGCUCAAGUGGAAAUACUGAACGAAAUGCAGAGUUCAUGCAGCCUCGUCGUGCUGCUUUCAGUGAACUCCAUUCUCUAUGCACAUCCUGUCCUAUUGCAGUAUACACGUGCAUCGGAGCUCCCAGCUCAAGGUAAGGCUUCCAAAGUUUUGGUAGCUAUAUAUUCUUCGGUACAGCCUCAAGGUUCCUGAGACAGCCGCUGUUCCAAGAAGCCCAAAGCAGUCAAGAUGGUUGGACUCAAGUUCGCAACUGUGGCAGCCUUGUCUGGUCUUGUAAUUGCUACUCCAGCUACAAUCGGAUACAAAGGAGACUGGAAGAGCAAGAUCAAGAAUGUUGUCGUCUUGGUCGAGGAGAACAGAUCUUUUGACACCUUUGCUGGUGGUCUUUCGUACACCUCAGGGAUCAAUGGAUUAUUGCAUCACAAUUAUUGCAACUCCAUGAACGCUUCUGACCCCGCUCAAAUGGGCGAUGUCUGUGCAGGACCCCGCGCCAAUGAUGUUGCCCCGGAUGAUCCAAACCACAGCAUCAGUGGUGUCAACAUGCAGAUCUUCAGUACAUGGCAUCCAGACGAGUCCAAAGCCGAUUCACGAAUCGAGAUCGAGAACAUGCGUGGAUUCGUUACUGAACAAUCUGUGGCAUACGAUACCCUCAACAAAACUCGAGCAGCUGAAGUCCUCAACUACUACACCUCAGAUCAAAUUCGUGUCUUUGGUACAAUGGCUGAGAAUUUUGUCCUUUUCGAUAGGUGGUUCGCUGCCGUCCCUGGUCCAACGAACCCGAACCGUGCCUACAUCACCUCGGGAACUUCACACGGUCACGGAAAGAACGACAAUGCUUUCAAUGUUUAUGGUCUUCCACAAAGAUCCAUCUUUCAACAAUUGUCAGAGGCUGGCAUCACUUGGAUGAACUACCAAAAUUCCACUACGGGUCCAGGACUUGGAUUCAACCCUGAUGCAGCUUUCUACAACUGGACUUAUACUUCUGGAGCAUACAAGACCAACAUCGCUCCUCUCGAUCAAUUCUACGCUGAUGCCAAGGCUGGAACUCUUCCUCAGUUUACCUACAUCAAUCCAGAAUGUUGCGAUUACCAAUCUUUCCACCCACCUUCUCCAAUCACUCUCGGUGAACAAUUCAUCAAGGGAAUCUACGAAGCUGUUCGUGGUUCUCCACAAUGGGAUGAAACUCUUUUCAUUCUGACUUUCGACGAGCACGGAGGUUUCGGUGACCAUGUCCCACCUCCAACUGGUGUCCCAGCUGGUGAUGAUGUUCUCUAUACCGAGACUGCACCAGACGGAAAGAACAUCACCUUCAACUUUGAGCGUCUUGGUGUUCGUGUUCCGACUCUUCUCAUCUCUCCAUGGGUUCAAAAGGGAUAUGUCGAGCACAAGGGUAGCAACAAUGGUGGAGAGUAUACUCAUACUUCCAUUCUUGGUUUCCUGCAGAGCCUUUGGGGGUUGGAUACUUUGACUCCAAGAGUUUCGUACUCGAGUACCUUCGAGCAUCUGAUUACAGAUGAUCUCAGAACUGAUACUCCUGCUACGUUGCCUGAUCCUUUCCCAUACACUUAGAUACGAAGUUAUGAUUCAUGAACAUAGAUAGGGAGAGCAAUAAUGUUUAAAGGUUGUCUUACGUGCCGUCAAUCCACUCUCAAUUGAUUGAUAGCUACAAAGACAAAUGCUCCAUCUGAACGCCUGACGACUUAGAUACGUUUGAAAGUAGAA